AUUUAAACCUCAAAAAUCAAAAGACCCGCUAAGAUUAUGAGAUGAGGUUACUCUAUUGCCAUACCUCAAUUCCAUUUCACUCUUCAAAUUCAAAGCUUCAAUCUUUAAUCCCCAAUUUCACUCCUCCCAAAACCCUAAUUCGAAUUCUCUCAGGUGCUCUCUCCCUCACUCUAAUCGCCUCUUCUCCUUCUCCUUUCCUUGCUCUCGAAUCACCAUCAUCACCAUCUUCUCCUUCUUCUGAGUAUUGCCGAGAACAAGAUUUGAUCGAAGAUUUGAGCUCUGAAUCGGAGGAGACCUUUGUCACUAAUGAGGGGAUUGUUGAGGAAGCUUGGGAAAUCGUUAAUGAUAGCUUUCUCGAUACCAGUCGUCAGCAUCGAUGGUCCCCUGAAAAUUGGCAGAGGAAGAAGGAAGAUAUUAGGAGUUCUUCAAUCCAGUCAAGGUCAAAAGCUCAUGAUGUAAUUAAGCGUAUGUUGGCUAGCUUGGGUGAUCCUUACACAAGAUUUCUUUCACCUGAUCAGUUCUCCAAAAUGGCAAGGUAUGAUGUGAGUGGUAUUGGGAUGAACAUCAAGGAAGUCCCGGAUGAAAAUGGUGGCACGAAAUUGAGGGUACUCGGACUUGUAUUGGAUGGUCCUGCUCACUUAGCAGGUGUGAGACAGGGGGAUGAAGUAUUAGCUGUUAAUGGAAUGGAUGUGGCAGGAAAAUCAGCAUUUGAAGUGUUAUCUUCUAUCCAAGGUCCUAAUGAGACAUCUGUUACCCUCAAGGUAAAGCAUGGGAAUUGUGGACCUAUUCAAUCUGUAACAAUUGAAAGACAAGUUGUUGCUCGGACCCCAGUGUUUUAUCGGAUUGAACAAAUGGAAAAUGGCGGUCCAUCAGUUGGGUACAUGCGGUUAAAAGAGUUUAAUGCAUUGGCAAGAAAAGAUUUGGCCAUUGCCAUGAAAAGACUUCAAAAGAUGGGUGCAUCAUAUUUCGUUUUGGAUCUUAGAGAUAAUCUUGGCGGACUUGUACAGGCUGGAAUAGAAAUUGCCAAACUCUUUCUAAAUCAAGGCGAUACUGUAAUUUAUACUGUUGGAAAGGAUCCUCAGUACCAACAAAGUGCUGUUGCAGACAACCAACCGUUGACUGAAGCUCCUCUAAUCGUAUUAGUGAACAACAACACUGCCAGUGCUAGUGAAAUUGUUGCUUCCGCAUUGCACGACAAUUGCAGAGCUGUUCUUGUCGGUGAAAAGACAUUUGGCAAGGGUUUGAUUCAAUCAGUAUUUGAACUUCAUGAUGGAUCUGGUGUAGUUGUCACUGUUGGGAAGUAUGUCACACCAAAUCAUAAAGACAUAAACGGCAAUGGAAUAGAACCCGAUUAUCGAAAUUUUCCAGGCUGGCAUGAUGUCGAACAACGCCUUUCGCAGUGCAAAUAUGUUCACGAACACGGGUAGUAGUUCAUACAUACUUUGCAGGUUUGAUCAAUCUGCUUAGCGAAAUUACUUACUAAUACCGAAAUAAGCUUCAGCUUCCGUUAACAAAUCUUUGAAAAAUACAUUGAAGAACAGCUUGAUAGAUUCAUUUCAUUCUCUUCUGUGUUUUUAAGUUGACUCAACUUAAAAAUAGAAGAGUGGUUAAGAAUGUAUUAUGUAUCCAAAAACUAUCAAUGAAGAAUUUAAUUACAUAAAAUAAUUAUUAAAAUACAACAAACAAAAUGUUCCAUUGAGCUUCAUACUUGUGGAAUCCCAAUUGGUGGGGUUUUCUUAGAUUUGAUUUCUCAAGUAACAACUAUUAAUAAGAGAAAGGUGUAUUUGAGUGUUCUGUUUGCA